ACAGUCAUCUCCACAAAGACAAGAUGGGGAGUCAUCACGCCAAACUGAGAAGCCAUGAAGGUUUUGAUGUGGAUCGAGAUGCCAAAAAGCUGUACAAAGCCUGCAAAGGAAUGGGAACAGAUGAAAUGGCCAUCAUUGAAGUCUUGUCACACAGGACAUCAGAUCAGAGGCAACAAAUAAAGCAGAACUACAAGGCAAAAUAUGGCAAGGACUUGGAGGAGGUGCUCAAGAGUGAGCUGAGUGGAAACUUCGAGAAGACAGCUUUGGCCCUUCUGGACCACCCCAACGAAUAUGCCGCUAGACAGCUACAGAAGGCUAUGAAAGGCUUGGGUACAGACGAGGCAGUGCUCAUCGAGAUCUUAUGCACAAGAAGCAAUAAGGAAAUCAGUGCCAUCAAAGAAGCCUACCAAAAGUUAUUUGACAAGAGCCUUGAAUCUGAUGUCAAAGAUGAUAUAAAUGGAAACCUAAGAAAGAUUCUGGUGUCUCUGUUACAGGCUAACCGUGAUGAAGAAGAUACUGUCGACAAAGAUCUGGCAGGUCAAGACGCUAAAGAUUUAUAUGAUGCAGGAGAAGGUCGCUGGGGCACUGAUGAGCUUGCCUUCAAUGAAGUCCUGGCCAAGAGGAGCUACAAGCAGUUACGAGCCACCUUUGAAGCGUAUCAAAUUCUCAUUGGCAAAGACAUGGAAGAAGCCAUUGAAGAAGAGACAUCGGGAGACUUGCAGAAGGCCUAUUUAACCCUCGUGAGAUGUGCCCGGGAUCUCCAGAGCUAUUUUGCUGAACGUCUAUACAAGGCCAUGAAGGGUACGGGGACCGACGAGGAGACGUUAAUCCGCAUCAUUGUGACAAGGGCUGAGGUGGACCUGCAGGGGAUAAAAGCCAAGUUCCAGGAGAAGUAUCAGAAGUCGCUCUCUGACAUGGUUCACUCAGAUACCUCUGGGGACUUCCAGAAACUGCUGGUGGCUCUCUUGCACUGAGCCAAGAUACAGCAGUAAAUAUAUGGGGAAAAGCCACCUUUAUCAAGAUUCAUCAACAUCCCAAAUCAAAUUUGCAAAUAGGGCUCUUACAUGAAAAAAAAAACACUCGAAGUCCUGGUUUAUUUUUUCAGCAGCUUAAGUGAUACCACAAGGUCAAGCUGUUGAGGUCAAAGGUAGCGGGCCACCUUGAACAUCGGCUUAGAAAACAUCUGGGUUGCCUUUCAACCUUCCUUUAGCAUUGUAACUGAAUACUUUCUAAGCACAAAUGAAAUAGGCAGUUGAUGAAAACUAACACUUGUAAUAAAUGUUCAGAAAUACAUGCAUUGCCCAGAUGUGUAUAGUCAAGGCAAAAGCUGAAUGGCUGAGGUAGAGGAAAGGUGAAGUAAGCCAAUUUGUUCAUCUCCCUUCUGUGUAUUCAAUUUCAGAGCCUUGCUAUUAAUUAAAGUUAUAGUUACAGA